GAUUCAGUCUCGCUUACUGAGGAAGACAGUUAUUCCUUGAUACUUUCAAGUGACACGUCAAUAAAUGUGGAACGUGAUUUGUGGCCCAUGCCUAAGUUCAAAAGGCGUCCCCUUCCUGUGAUUCAUUCCGUGGCAUUUCUUUCCAAUGGUCUUCGUAUGCUCCGCGAUCUAGCAUGGCCUCCGUCAGCUUUUGACGGAAUGGGUGUCUGGGCACAGGGACAAGCCUGCUGUGUGGUUCUAUCGAUCGGUUGGAUGAGCUAGCAACUUGCGGCACCGUAGAGGUCGUCUCAGCCAAUGCCACUACGCCCGACAGCAGAUUCCAGCGCU